CAUUGAUUGCUGUAGCCGUUGUUCCCAGGGGACACUAAAGUGAGAGGUUACAGUAAACUGAACGGAUCUGUAAGACUACAGAAGGAAUAGCACAGUUAUUGACAUAUCAAUUAUCACUAUUUAAAUUAAUACUUUGUUGCAAUAAAUACAGUAUUGCAGACCUCUUGCGGUUAGGAUAGCUGACAUAUCUUGAGGUCCCAAAAGACAGAACCUUGUUUUCAACGGUAGCGGCACAGAGUCCAUUUUAAAGUAAUUUCUGAAGAACAAUGGGAUGCAGGGAUGCCUGAAAGUCAAGGGAAAGGUGGCGAAAGCCACAUCAGCAGCAAUAGUUCCGGCACUAGCAAUUCCGUUGCUUGCUUCGGACAGUAUCAAUACACAGCAAGUGAAUAUCAAGCUAUCCAGCAUGCUCUUCGUCAGAGACUGGGUCCAGAAUAUAUCAGCAGUCGGCAAGCUGGAGGAGGACAAAAGGUCUGUUACAUCGAGGGUCACAAGGUAAUCAGUCUGGCCAAUGAGAUGUUCGGCUUCAACGGCUGGGCUCAUUCAGUCACUCAGCAGAAUGUUGACUUUGUUGACCUCAACAACGGCAGGUUCUAUGUGGGGGUCUGUGCAUUUGUGAAAGUUCAGCUUAAGGAUGGGUCAUACCAUGAAGAUGUGGGUUAUGGAGUCAGUGAAGGCCUGAAGUCUAAGGCCUUGUCCCUAGAAAAGGCAAGAAAGGAGGCAGUAACAGAUGGACUGAAGAGGGCACUCAAGUGCUUUGGGAACGCUCUUGGGAACUGCAUCCUAGACAAAGACUACCUACGAGCCGUGAAUAAGCUUCCACGUCAGAUACCCCCUGAGUUAGAUUUGGUCAAAGCUAAAAGAGAGGACUAUGAGCCUGAAAUAGAGAAAGCAAGAUACAAUAGCUGUUUGGAAAGGCAGAACGCAGGAGGGAGACAACAUUGUGAGAUGGCAUCUGCGUGUAAGCCUGGUCAGACAGAGGCUGCUGUAGCUAUGGUAGAUCAGAAACAGCCAAAUAGUUCCAGGGGCAGAAAUGUAGAUUCCUUAGCUAUCGAGUGUGAUGCCACUUACCAGCGGAAAUUGCGACAAAAGCAGCUACAGCAACAGUUCCGGGAACAGAUGGAGAAAAAGCAUCAGGUUCCAGUAGUUACUCCUAGCAGCAAACAGGCAACACUGGAUCCUCCUGUAAAGCACAGCACCCCAGCAGCAGUACAACAGGAACUAUCAAUAGGAGAGGAGUUCUUUGCAGAUGAUCCUGAGCUCUGGGACAUUUCCUUGGAGACCAUUGAUCUUAAGAUAAUGGGUCAGAAAAUGGCAGAGCCAUCAGCUGGACACCAGAUGCCUGAAACACCCCGCGGAUGUCAUCAAAUGACUACUCGUAACAGGACCCCUCACAGAAUGAGCUACCACAAAGCUUCUGCUAGACUCACACAAUUGCAGCCAUCUGCUACAAUCGUGAGCAACGGCAGCUCUGCUGGCCAGCAUAUCCCAGAGCGCAGCCCCUACAGGAGAAGUCAAAGCUUGAAGAGGAGGAGGCUAGAACCUACAUAAGACACUUAACGGAAUCGUCACCUCCAUACUGGAUUACAGCAGAAGACUGCAUUGACUGUUCAGAUCAUGUGAGGAAGCCAAAUGCACUAAUGGACUUCCCUGUAUAUUAUGGUGAAGCAACACAGAAGUUUAAUACCACCAGCGAGAACUCAACGUCUUUUAGGUUACUACAUGUUUCAGAUGCCUUCUUCUAUAAACAAGCAAGCACUUGUACUUCCGCAGCACUAGACAUGCAGCUGUAUCACAAGCUACCUUUAUACACAAGUUGCCUGAAAAGGUAACAGGAUUAAUCUUUAAAAUGAGACGCGAUUUGUAGCUUCCUUCUCCCUCAGUGUCAAACUUCAGCACAGAGAAAAGCGCUUCUCCAUAAAAUGGGGAGAAGGGCGGGUUACGGCAGGAUGACAAAGCCCACGAGCUGUGGUCGCCCAUUCAGUGAGACUGAGGGUGCGAGGCCACAGCAGUGUCUGCCUCGGAGGUGCUGACCACCCCUUUGCCCUGUGGCUGCGCAAACAGGGUCAGAGCCCAUUGCUCCUCCUCAGCCAUAUGGGAUUCCAGUCCAGCAGCAGCACAUCCAGCUGUGCCUGCGCUGUGGGGCAGGAGCACGCUGGGACUGCUGUGUGCAACUCCCUGGCAGCAUCUCAGACCAUGGUUGCUGGGACCCUUUGUAAAAGAAAUGGGAGCUGCACUUGUUUUUAAAUAAGCUUUCAAUCCUUUUCAAUAUAAAAAUAAACAUGAAAUUUGAAAGACAA